ACUGAGGUACUGAGGAGCAAGGCCGUUCAGAGCUUUAUACGUCAGCAGAAGAAUUUUGUACUCAAUGCGGAAUUUAACUGCCAAUGUAAGGUACACAAAGUCGGGCUAAUGUGGUCUAAAUGUCCUGGUUUUGCUGAGAACUCUGGCUGCAGCGUUCUGGACUAACUGAAGCUUGUUAAGGUUUUGGCUGGAACAGCCAGAAAGCAGAGCGUUACAGUAAUCUAACCUGGACGUGAUAAAGGCGUGGACUAACGUUUCUGCGUCCUGUAGCGACAGUGCAGUUCUUUAUUUAGCGAUGUUAUGAAGGUGGAGGAGAGCUGUUCUGGUAAUAUUGGUAAUAUGCUCAUCGAAGGCCAGACUGUUUUUUGAGUGCAAGCUUCUGUUAGACUGGCUACUAACUCCUCCUCCUUAGCUCCAAGCUUCAGCGGCUGUUGGGUGGACUUCAGACAUGACCAAUCAAAUCCUGACACUGGCCUUUUGUCUGGGGAGCUGCCUGUGAAAAAGCAGGGAAACUGCUGGUGGAACCCACUUCACUGCUUAGUACAUCUAAGUCAAAGAAACUGCCUCAUCAUGGAAUCUGCUCUCACUCUCAGCACCGGAGCACGGAUGCCUGUUGUGGGUCUGGGGACAUGGAAGUCGUCCCGAGGACAGGUCACAGAAGCCGUGAAGGCAGCCAUCCUGACUGGCUACCGUCACAUCGAUGGGGCUCAUGUCUAUGAGAACGAGAAGGAGGUUGGGGCCGGCGUCCGUGCCAUGAUUGACCAAGGAGUGGUUAAAAGAGAGGAGCUCUUCAUCGUCAGUAAGCUGUGGUGCACGUAUCAUGAGAGACCUCUGGUUAGAGGAGCCUGUGAGAAAACCCUGAGUGACCUAAAGCUGGACUAUCUGGAUCUCUAUCUGAUGCAUUUCCCUAUGGGCUUUAAGCCUGGAGAAGAGCUCUUUCCUUUUGAUGCUGAGGGCAAAGUGAUUCCAGAUAACAGCAGCUUUCUGGACACAUGGGAGGAAAUGGAGAAGUUGGUGGACGCUGGGCUGGUCAAGGCCAUCGGCAUCUCCAACUUCAACCGAGAGCAGAUUGAAGCCAUCCUGAACAAGCCAGGCCUCAAAUACAAACCUGUCAACAACCAGAUUGAGUGCCAUCCCUAUCUGACGCAGGAGAAGGUGAUCAACUUCUGUCACUCUAAGGGCAUCACAGUGACUGCGUACAGCCCUCUGGGGUCCCCUGAAAGGCCAUGGGCGAAUGAAGAUGAACUGUCCCUCCUGAAGGACCCACAGAUCAGAGCCAUAGCCGACAAAUAUAAUAAAACAACAGCACAGAUCCUAAUCCGGUUCCACAUUGAGAGGAAUGUUGCAGUUAUUCCCAAAUCCUCCAAUCCAGGGAGAAUCAAAGAAAAUUUCCAGGUCUUUGAUUUUAAGCUGAGUAAGGAAGAUAUGAACACCAUUCUGAGCUUCAACAGGAACUGGAGAGUUUUUCCAAUGGACUGGGCUUCUAAGCACAAGGACUACCCACUGAACGCAGAGUACUGAGCCCCUCAGCUGCACAGCCUGGACGUUCCUUCUGUUCCACAGUCAAGUGAAAACAUCAUGUAAACCAGGAAAUCAUUUUGGUAACAUUUUCUAUGAUGCCUGUAUUGUGAUGCUUUGUAACAUUGGUAACAAUGUAUCAUUAAUCAUAUUUAUAAACUCUUUAUAAUGCUUCAUAAGGCUCUAUAAUUAAUUCUUUAGUGACUUAUAAACAUGCCAUGCGAUGAACUGGUGUGUCCUGCUUUACGCCCAAUGACAGCUAGGAUAGGCUCCCAGCUGGGGCUUAUGCUACUGUGCACCCCCCGUGACCCAGUAGGAUAAGCGGUUUAGGAAAGUGUGUGUGUGGGUGUGUGUUUGUGUGUGACUUAUAAACAAGUAGUAACACUAGUGACACUAUCCAAUUUUAAUGCCUUUUAAUUGGAUGAGUUAUGCAUAAUUAUAAAGCACUUAUAAUACUUAUUAACAAUUCUAAAAACAUUAUAAACAUUUAAAAAGCAUCACUGAGUGCCUCAAGUAAGUGACCCAAUUUACCUUUCAAGCUAUCGCAGCUGAACUUGCAAUAAUUAAAGAUAUACAGUAUAUAUUAUAGUGCACACUGUUAAUAAGUUAAAUGUUAAUAAGUAUUAUAGGUGCUAUAUUAUUAUGUCCACUUCAUUGUCUGUAUAAAUGCAUUAUAAUGGAUAGUGACAUGUUACUACAUGUUUACAAGUCAACAAAGAACUCAUUAUAGUACAUCAUUACAGCCUUAUGAGGCAUUAUAAGAGUUUAUAAGUAUGCUUACACAGUAUUGUUACCAGGUUAGAAAGAGUUAUAAGCACAUUUAUUACUAUUUUUGAAUACAGACCCCAGAAACUGUCCUUGCUUAACUGUGUUGUGGUGGAGACACUACACUCACUGAAUAAUAACACUGUCAUGCCUGAAGGGUUUCAUUUAUUCACAUUAUAGACCACUUUUAAACAACCGUGUUACUUUAUUUUUAAAUAUAUAUGAUGUGGAAGUGGCUUUUACACAUAUGAGAAAUUUAAAUGCCAUAUAAUGAUUAAUACCAUCUUUAUUAGAGAAAUAAAAAUGUGUUUUUCAUUAUUCACCAGCUGUUAAUCUUUUUAAAAACUUGUUUUUAAUAUACAGCAUUUUGGAAUGAAACCCUUUAAAUAUUAAAGGUUGUAAAGGGGCCUUAUCCUAA